AGCCCGUCAGUCGGCGGCGGCGGCGAAGAUGGCGAAGACCUACGACUACCUCUUCAAGCUGCUUCUGAUCGGCGACUCGGGCGUGGGCAAGACCUGCCUGCUCUUCCGCUUCAGCGAGGACGCCUUCAACACCACCUUCAUCUCCACCAUCGGAAUUGACUUUAAAAUCAGAACAAUAGAACUAGAUGGGAAGAAAAUCAAACUGCAGAUAUGGGACACCGCAGGCCAGGAGAGGUUCCGCACCAUCACGACGGCCUACUACCGAGGGGCCAUGGGGAUAAUGCUGGUCUAUGAUAUCACCAAUGAAAAGUCUUUUGACAACAUUAAGAACUGGAUCAGGAACAUCGAAGAGCACGCUUCUUCGGAUGUGGAAAGGAUGAUCCUGGGCAACAAAUCUGACAUGAAUGACAAAAGGCAAGUUUCAAAGGAGAAAGGAGAAAAGUUAGCAAUCGACUAUGGCAUCAAAUUUCUGGAAACCAGUGCCAAGUCCAGCAUCAACGUGGAAGAGGCUUUCUUCACCCUCGCACGGGACAUUAUGACAAAACUCAACAAAAAAAUGAACGACAACCUUGCGGCAGGGGCGAGUGGGCCCGUGAAGAUCACAGAGAACCGGUCGAAGAAGAGCAGCUUCUUCCGAUGCUCGCUCCUUUGAUGAACUCCUCGUAAGAGACUGCAGCAUCCCUAGAACAAAAAAAAA